UAAUCGAAAAACAUCAAUUGGUAUUGUAGGUUGAGAACUAACACAUGCAACUACCAACUAUAUCCGAACAUUGUCCCACAGUACCUCAAAUGAUACAGCUUUUCUCAAAAAACCUCUCAAUAAAAGAGGCCGGUCAGACUUCCAUCGGCACCCACCCUGCCCGAGCGCCCAAAGGCAAGACCUCGAAAGACAGGGUACAGAUCAUCGCCACUCUCUAUACAGCCACGGCCCGAAAGCCAGCGACCGCCGCCUUUGCAGGCAGAACGAGAGUAAAUGAUUCUCACUGUAGGGAGCCGAGGAUAUGAAUCAUCAACCCGGGUGGGAUCUGUAGCUCCUUUAGGGAACACAAAAGUGGACGACUACUAUAGAAAUGAUUCUCCUGUUGGGAAGAGAAGCGGUUAGCAUCGCGAAGGCAGGCCAAUUAGUUACUGAUUGCUGUUAUUGGGGGUGUAGCUUACUGAAGU